AUGUAUGAAUGUAUGGGAACAUUCGUUGCAUAUGGGCAGCAGUCACUCGAGUAUCCCUCGGACAUCGAGAAUACCAGCCUCCGGGCGGUUCUUUCACUGCAGCUGUCCCGCGAUCGGCACACCCUACUGGAGCCUAGGACACCUCGCUAGCCGCACGGCGUGCUGCUGUCCGGUGGACAUCUCAGACCAGUAUCCAUCACACUUGGCCUGACAUCCGGGCACGCACCUUUUGCUUUUGCUGUGUAGAGACGGCGGGGAAUGGACCUGGAGCGCUGGCGGCUUGUCCGGCGCCCACCUCACACACCUCACACGCGCCUGCGUUGUUGGUGCCUUCUCUCGGCCCGCGAUGAACGAUUUUUCGCCAUAAUACUGCCGCCGUCUACGUUGGACGGCAACUGCUGUCCUUCCUUCUCUCCGCACGCUCUGUAGCUUUCGUUCGUCACUCAACUUGCUGUACCGCUUUGUGCUUUCUUGUCGACGGAAUGGCAGGGUUCUACUUUCAUCCCUGGUGACCCCAAAUUUUCGGACAAUACACAGUUUCGGACUGGGACUCCAAAUUUUCCGGUUAAAGAAAACAGAUAGAUAAGAAACUUCGUGCAGGUGAAAAUUUUCAGAUUUAACCGGCUUCAUGUGAUUGGCUGUUGGUCAACAGUCCUCCCACGAACUUCCCCUGUCCGCAGGUGCUGUUGUUUUUCGUGGUGCGCUGCGUGACAGCUAGCUGUGCACCUUGCUUGAUGACAAGGGACUCGCACUGCUGCUGCUGUUGAGUGUGCGUCCGUGCGUGCGUGCGUGCGCGUGUCCGUGUCUGCGUCGCUCCCUCAACCCCAGCACACGAAAUCGCACCACGCCAGUACGGAGACAGGAAGGGAUUACGGUACACUGGCCGACGACAGCCUCUGAACGAAGUGCUAUGUCGCGUUUCAAGCGUUCGGGAGAGAGACGGG